AACCCGAGACGCUCCCCGUUAUUAGUAAAAGUGGGAGCGCCGGACUUUUCUCACCCGUUUUGGAACAACGGCUAACGUCUCUUUCUCCGUCCAGGUAAAAAGCACACCUGAAGAAUUGCUGCCACCACUUGAACGACGAUGAUCUCCCUCACCUCCAUCGAACUCAACUAUCUGGUUUUCCGUUAUCUCCACGAAUCAGGAUUUACACAUUCAGCUUUUGCAUUUGGAUAUGAAGCGGGCAUUAAUAAGAGCACAAUUGAUGGUAAUUUAGUUCCACCAGGUGCCCUUGUUACAUUUGUUCAAAAAGGACUUCAAUAUCUUGAGCUGGAGGCAAAUUUGACCAGUAGUGAUGGUGACAUGGAAGAUGAUGAUUUCUCGUUUCUACAACCAUUGGAUCUUAUAACAAAAGAUGCAUGUGAGUUACAUAAGAUCAUAAAGGAAAAAAAGGAGAAUCCAAAUAAGGAUAGGUUUGAAGCAAAUGAGAAAAAUAAUGAGAGUAAGCAGGAUAAUGAACCAGAGCAUGCACAAGAGAGAGAGGAGGAGAAAAAGGAAAGGGAAAAUGAACAAGAACAUGAUAAGGAGAUGACUAACAAGGACAUAGAGCAGGACACUGUUAAAGACAAGGAAUUUCCAAACCCAGAUCAAAUUGGCAUGGAAAACUCUGAUGAUAAAGUUGUAGGAAAACAUGAAGAAAUUGGUGAUUGUGGAGGGCCAGAACCAAUGGAAAUCUCCACAAGCUCAACUUCUGUGCCUUGUGAAAUUCCUAGUUGUGAUGUUACAAUUCUAGAAGGCCACACUUCAGAGGUUUUUGCUUGUGCAUGGAGCCCAUCAGGUUCACUUCUUGCAUCCGGAUCUGGAGAUUCAACUGCCCGAAUUUGGACCAUAGCAGAUGGAACCUGUAGAUCUAACAUACAAAAUGGACCUACAAAUGUCGUAGUGCUGAAGCAUUUCAAAGGUAGAACUAAUGAGAAAAGCAAGGAUGUGACAACACUUGAUUGGAAUGGUGAUGGAACGUUGCUUGCAACUGGUUCUUAUGAUGGACAAGCAAGGAUCUGGAGUAGAGAUGGGGAAUUGAGGAGUACAUUGAACAAACAUAAAGGCCCAAUAUUUUCUCUGAAGUGGAACAAGAAGGGUGAUUAUCUUCUUAGUGGCAGUGUGGAUAAAACUGCAAUUGUAUGGGACAUUAAGACCGGGGAAUGGAAACAGCAAUUUGAAUUUCAUUCAGCUCCUACUCUGGAUGUUGAUUGGAGAAACAAUGUUUCAUUUGCAACUUGCUCCACUGAUAAUAUGAUAUAUGUUUGCAAGGUUGGAGAGAACAGACCAAUCAAAACUUUCUCAGGGCAUCAAGGUGAAGUAAAUGCCAUUAAAUGGGAUCCAACUGGUUCACUUUUGGCUUCUUGCUCUGAUGAUAAUACUGCAAAGAUAUGGAGUACGAAACAGGACAAGUAUUUGCAUGAUUUGAGGGAACACGUUAAGGAAAUAUAUACUAUCCGGUGGAGUCCUACAGGGCCAGGCUCAAUUAAUCCUAGUCAACAGUUAGUUCUCGCCAGUGCUUCGUUUGACUCAACUAUAAAGCUGUGGGAUGUGGAACAAGGAAGACUUCUCUUCAGCUUUAAUGGCCACAGGGAUCCUGUAUACUCAGUUGCCUUCAGUCCUAAUGGUGAGUAUUUAGCAAGCGGAUCUAUGGAUAAAUGCAUGCACAUAUGGUCUCUGAAAGAAGGCAAAAUUGUAAAAACAUAUACCGGAAAUGGUGGGAUUUUUGAAGUUUGUUGGAACAAGGAAGGUGAUAAGGUCGCCGCUUGUUUUGCUAACAACAUAGUUUGUGUCGUGGAUUGUCGGAUGUAGAGCUUGAAGUAAUCCAAUAUUUUUCAGUUGGGACUAGUUUUUAAAUUCAUUCAAGAUCUUUUUUAAUUAUUUUUAUUUUUCUUGUAAAACACAAUUUCUAUUAAUAUAAUCGGGGCAUUAUACGAUAUAAUUCUAAUUUA